CGGAUUCAAUCAAUAAUUCGGUGUUUGACUUGUAACGCAUGCGCAAAACCUGCUCUUUCUUUCUGCUAGCUUCUCCGCCAUGGCUCCUAUUAAGAAGCCCAACACCGCCAAAGGUGGUAAAAAGAAGAAGCAGGUCCUGAAAUUCACACUGGACUGCACCCAUCCUGUUGAAGAUGGCAUCAUGGAUGCUGCCAACUUUGAGCAAUUUCUUCAGGAACGCAUCAAGGUGAACGGGAAAGCCGGCAGCCUGGGUGGUGGUGUGGUCUCCAUCGAGAGGAGCAAGAGCAAGAUUACAGUGUCCUCUGAGGUGCCCUUCUCCAAACGAUACCUUAAGUAUCUGACCAAGAAGUACCUGAAGAAGAACAAUCUUCGUGACUGGCUGCGUGUUGUGGCAAACACCAAGGAGAGCUAUGAGCUGCGCUACUUCCAGAUCAACCAAGAUGAAGAAGAAGAGGAAGAUGAAGAUUAAACUGCCCAUUCAUCGUAUUUUGUACAUUUAAAUAAAUGUUGUUUAUUGUA